CCCCGUUUAUCCAGGAUAAUGUUCCUUAAACUCCUUGUCUUAUUUUUCGAGUUUUGUGAACUCUGUUUUGUCUGUAAGACCGUAAGAUUUUUUGUUGAUUAAACAUUACCUGAAUUCAUGGGGGUUCAAAGCACUAGAUUUUGAAAUUGUUUAUGUAAUCUAUUCUGUCUCACUGUUCUUUCUGGGUCUAUAAUGCCUAUAUAUAAGAAGCUGUUGUUAGAGAAAAUGAUGGGUCUAUUCAGUAUUCAUUGUAGAGAGCUUUUAGGUUUUGGUUUGGUCAAGCAAGUCUCUUUGACACUUGAGUGUGUUACCUUUUUGUGUGUUUAGAGAGAAUGGCUUUUUAAGUCCUUUGCUUUUGACAGAGUGAAGCAAUCUUUUCAAAAUUCUUUUGGGUUUUCUCCCUUUUAAUUAUCUUUUUUUUUUUUUUGGACCACCAGUUGGGUCGUCUUCAUUUGACGCAUACUUAUUCAACAAUCAACCAACUUUUGCUUCAGGAAAUACUAAGGAAACAAAUUUUAAGAACGGGUACUUUCAAUCUGCUGGCUACACACUGAGUUGCUUAUUAGUUCAAAAGGCCGGUGGUCAUCUUGAGUCAUCAAUUUAAGCAACUACUAUCUGCCUUCAAUUAAUAUUGCAGGCUAAGCAGUCACUACUUGCCACCGAAGGGAUACAGAAAGUAAAAUGGAAAAUGGGCUUUAUUCAGAUUGUAAAAAUGGUUCUUUUUCUGGUCUAGAGGAAGAUGGAGAGCUGAAAGUGGCUUCAUCUUUGCCUUCUAUCCGUCAGCCACAAACACCGAGAGAGCCAAUGGAGUUUUUAUCCAGAUCUUGGAGUCUGUCUGCUUCAGAAAUAUCAAAAGCUAUUGCUCAGAAACAAAAACAGUUUUUACUUGACAAGAGUUUCCUUGCAAUGCCAGACACACUUCAUGCACCACAGAUUUCGAGCAACACAGCGAACUCAGGAAAUGCUCGGAGAACAGGAUCAAUUGGGAAAUGGUUCCACCACCACAAGGAGCUCUCUAGUAGCAAGGUGAAGAAGAAAGACAAGGCCCGUGUUGAAAAUGCACGGAUGCACUCUGCUAUCUCUAUUGCUGGACUAGCCGCAGCCUUGGCCUCUGUGGCUGCAGCAGGAACCUCCGAUAACUCAGGCUCAAGCUCGAAAAUGAGCAUGGCGUUGGCCUCGGCUACUGAGCUCUUGGCAUCACACUGCAUUGAAAUAGCUGAAUCAGCUGGAGCUGAUCAUGAUCGCGUAGCCUCUGUUGUGAGAUCAGCAGUGGACAUUCAAACUCCAGGAGAUCUGAUGACUCUUACAGCUGCAGCAGCAACAGCCUUGAGAGGAGAAGCAGCUCUGAAAGCAAGAUUGCCAAAAGAAGCAAGGAAGAAUGCCUCUAUAAGCCCUUAUGAGAGGGGUAUAGCAGAAACUCAUUGGCCAGAUGUUUUUCGCAGUCAAUCGGAGGAACAGGGUCCACCCUGUGCUGGUGAACUUUUGCAACACACAAGAAAAGGAGUGUUGCGGUGGAAGUUCGCCUCAGUCUACAUCAACAAGAAAUCUCAGGUCAUAGUUACGCUCAAAACCAAACAUGUAGGAGGAGCCUUCUCCAAGAAGAACAAAUGUAUUGUCUAUGGAGUGUGUGAUGAAAGUAGUGCUUGGCCAUAUAAGAAAGAGAGAGAGAUUACUGAGGAAGUGUAUUUCGGACUCAAAACGGGACAGGGUCUCUUAGAGUUCAAAUGCAAAAGCAAAAUCCAUAAACAAAGAUGGGUUGAUGGGAUUCAAAAUCUUCUCCGUCAAGUUAACAGCCUUGAAGCAGCUGAACUCUCUUUGGAAUCUUUGAGUAUCAAUAAUAGCAUAUAGCUUAACAUAUGCUUGUGCAUAAAGUCCAAGAAUAGGACAGGCAUAGUGUUUAUAUUAUGCUAAAACGCCUUAAAUAUGGAUAUAGUCUUUUGUUAUAGUGAUAUAAUAUGCACAGGAGCAAUGAAAUUUGUUGUGCUUAUGUGCAUAUUGAAGAAAACUGACAAAAAGAAGGUUAAUUUUGUUAGAGAAAAAUAUUUUCGUAUGA